AGAGAGUUGUUUGGAGUUGUUGUGAUCUGUCGGCCGCCGGUCCCUCCAGCAGCCAAAUCAGAUGACAAGGAGGCAGCCCUCAGUUGAUGCAUUUCCCUGGAUACUCCCAAUCAGAGCAUCCAAAGCAGCACAGAGUCAACCUGCACAGCACCUUCAGUGCCCCCUAUAUCGGUCUGAUUCACGCAGUUUUGCAGCUAGUUUACGUGAGUUAGAAAAAUGUUGAUGGUACUGGGGCCCUAUGAACUGGGAAGAUGCCAAAAUGAAGCUGAAAGGGAAGCCUGAUGGAUCAUUCCUAGUUCGUGACAGCUCUGAUCCUCGGUAUAUUCUGAGCCUCAGCUUUCGAUCUCAGGGUAUUACCCAUCACACUAGAAUGGAGCAUUACCAAGGAACCUUUAGCCUUUGGUGCCAUCCGAAGUUUGAAGACUGUUGCCAGUCUGUGGUGGAGUUCAUUAAACGUGCUAUGCUGCAUUCCAAAAAUGGAAAAUUCCUUUAUUUUUUGCAAUCAAGAGUGCCAGGCCUCUGAUCACAUACAUUUGCAAGUUCUACUACUAUGACCCACAAGAGGAAGUGUAUCUCUCACUGAAGGAGGCCCAUCUGUUUUCCAAACAGAAACAAGAACUAGAUUCCUCUACAUAGUGAGAGCCCCUGCCUAUCAUGCUGAUGUCACUGAUGGAAUUGGGUCACCAGUAUCCUGUAGCUGUGGAAGCUGCAUUGGAAAGGACUCCUGGCAUUUCCAUUCUGAUUAACUAGGGCCUCCGGAAAAAGGUCCCAAGCUUGAACAGAAGCACAACUGUGUACAAAAAUGUGUGCCCAUGACCCCAAUCUGGUUCCAUAAAGCUGUUGGAAUCCACCAAAGCUGAACUACAGGCUCCUGGAAGGAUGAAGAAAGUUAUUGUUAAAUUUCUAUUUUUUGAGUGCUUUUUUUUCUUUCCAUGUUUUCCAACAUGGGAAAUAGCCAGUUCUUAAUUUUUUUUUUUACCUGUUGGCAUUUGGGUAUGUGGAGGGUGACAGUUCCACUGUCUCCAAGAUUUUAUGAACAAAAUCUGCUCUCAGUUCUCCGUUCUUUAACAAUGCUGCUUUUGUAAGAAAGGUCUGAACUCAAGCUGCAUUUGACUGCAUAAAAUAGUUGCAUUGGGAGGGUUGAGCUUUUCUUCACUUUUAUUUUGCCUUUCCUCCCACUAUAAUUAACACUGGAAUUCAUCAAAAUGGUAGUUGUUGUAAAAGCUUUCCCAUAUUCCCAUUAGGUAGAAAUGAAUAGCUGAAGUCGGUCCCAGUCUUACAGAUGGUGUUUCAGCCUGUUGUUCUCAAGAAUGGAAAGUCAAGAUGAGCAAAUAAGUUCAUCAAACAAAAAUAAAUGCCCCUUGGGACCUUUUUAAUGUGAGGCAGUAAAUUUUGAAGCACCUUAAUCCCAUCUUGCUUUGAGGUUGGGAGGAAAAGAAAAGUCAGGAGCAAGAAUUCACGAUACCCACUUUUUCCUCCCCUAAGCCCAGAAAAUAAUUUUUGCAAGAAAGAUGCUCUAUCUACCAGCUUUUAUAAGAAAUCUAAAUAUUUCAGCAAAGGAAUAUUGUGCGUGAUUUCAAUGGUUCGUUAUAAGAGCAAGAUAAGGAUUUUGCCCUGGCAAAACUCAAAUUAAUCUUCCAUUGUUUAGAAGUAAUUACAACACCCAGGAAGUACAUUGUCCUCUUUAUACAUGGUAAGUGUCUUGCAUAUGUAGCUUAAGGUACUUGGUGUAAAUUUCUUGGUAACAUUUUUGAAAGCUGUGAUAACUUAUAAUUUAUUAUUAGUUUGAAAAGCUUGUUCCAUAUUCUCCAACCAAUUUGUCUUGAAUUCAGCCUCUAAUCCCAGGAGUCUGAAGUUUUGCAUCAUGCCUAUAGCAGAUGAUAAGUUUUUGUAACCACAGAGCCUUUACAAUCUUAAAAUGCAGGAAGUUUAA